AUAAAGUAUAAACUGAAAAUUUUAGUGAGAAAAAAAAAAAUCAAGUAAUUGAAUUUGGGAUUGUGAAAAGAUGGAGAAGGUUGUCAUCAAAUUUGCAGUUAUUUUCAUGCUUCUUUGUUUUCUGUCAACCUUUAGAUCAGUUUAUGGUCUUAAGUUUCAGUUAAUUCGGCAAGAGUGUUUUUCUCAAGUUCUUUCAUCAGAAGAUUACAGUGUUUGGGGAACACACAGUGUGGUCGAUACAGGACAGUCAUGGAAGAAAGGUUAUUAUGACGAUGCUGUAAAACUUUGGGUGAUUGAUCCUACAGCCGAUGUAGUUUUCAAUUCACAUGGAAAUCUUAGCUGGAAGUUUGAAUUGAAACCUUCGACCGGUGGGGUUUACUUUUUCUGCUUUAUCAACUCUGCUCCUCACAAUCUGCCGGUUGAAUUUGAUCUUAAUAUUGUCUCAAACACCAACAAGAACGAUAUAAGUGAACAUGCAAAACAUGAUGAUUUUGAGAUUUUGAUGUUGGCAAUAGAAGAGUUAAAGUAUGCUCUUAAAAGCAUUCUAUCAGAGCAAGAUGAUUUAGCUUCUCAGAUGAAAGAUCAGGCAAUAAUAAAUGAGAAGAUGAGCAAAAGAGCAAUUGCCAAAGCAAUGUUUGAAUCGGUGGCUCUUGUCGGAGCUAGUGUCCUACAAAUCUUCAUUUUGCGUCGUUUUUUUGAGAAAAAAAUUAGUUAUUUUUUUCUGCCAAAAUGAAAAAACAAAAGUAUGCACAAACCUCGGUGGAGUAUGUGGAGGCGGAGCCCAUGCACAUAUGGGU